GAAGGCUGCUGUGGCCAGGGAGGCAGCUGGUCUGGGACUCGGAGCUUUGAAAGGUGUGAGGUCUUCUCUCAUACUCACAGAUGGUCCAGUCAGCGGCCAUGUGGAAGACCAAAGGACACACACUCAGCAAAACACAAUUAGCACCAUAGAGUAACCAUUUAAUGUCAAGCAACUUUUAUUAACCAGAGACUUCUAGUCGGAGCCACUUUUCAGAGCAGAUGGCCCAGUUUUCUUUAUCUCAGGAAAGAAUCUCAAUCACAGGGGGAGAAAGUACUAAGGCAAAAAGUGAAUUUCAUAAAGGUGGAAUCCUGAGGUUUGGAUAACCAAAUAAAUAAUAAAAAUCAGAAUAGUUUAGUUCUGAAAAGUACUCAACAUGUUAGUUUAAAGGACUGGCUUUGUCUCCAAGGCAAGAAAGUACCUUUAUGUGAAAACUGUAGAUCACUCCCACUUUUGUCUUCUGCUGGGUGAGUGACCCCAGCGUUAGGCUUUUCACCAAAGAGGUCUUUGCUUAACCCAGUCUGGGUCUACUUUUAUCACUGUGUUGAUAUUCCUCAGAAUGGAGCUGACUCCCAAACUUCUAGCUGGACUAAUCCUGCUGACUUUCUGUGUGGUGGGUUGCUCUGGUCAACACUGGUCCUAUGGGCUGCGCCCUGGAGGAAAGAGAAAUGCUGAGAAUGUGAUUGAUUCUUUCCAAGAGAUAGCCAAAGAGGUCGAUCAGCCAGUAGAACCUAAGCGCUGUGGGUGCAUUGUUCACCAGUCCCAUUCUCCUCUGAGGGACCUGAAAGAAGCUCUGGAAAGUCUGAUUGAAGAGGAAACUGGGCAGAGGAAAAUAUAAAUCCACAGGACCAGAAAAACUGAUAACACUGAAGUAUAAUUCUGAUUUUGAAAUCUGUGACCCAUUUAACGUCUGUAAAUUGUGUGAAUUUCAGAAAUUCUUACACCAGGUUGCAUGGAUUUCAUGAUGGAAGUGCUUGUAUUGGGAAUAAAAUGGCAUAAAUGUUAA